UCCUUCAUUCGAACUUCACGAUGUUUGUAUACAGUUAUCAUCAUAUUACAACGAAAUUCGAGUAGAAAUGCAAGCAAACCUGAACUAAUAAUUCAUAUGCAAAAUAGCCAUUUCUUCAAACACACUCGGUAGAGAUAAGACCCAUGAGCAAGGGUGAUAAGCCCUCGAUGAUACUGAAGACUUCUUGGAUCAUUGUCAGUGUAGUAGCGUCUGAUCUCUUGGAAGAAAGCAUCUGUGAAGUCUCAAGAUCCCGAUGGUGGUCAAAUUCGCCUCUUGUCUGACAAUAAUCUCGUCUCUCACGCUGACCUCCUGUUUCCCCGCCAACGGCCCCGCCCUGCUAGCGAGAAGGUUGCCAGACAAUGAUUUCCAUCUUGCCAUACUUCAGAUCCAGGACAAGCGUUAUCAUACGUUAACCUACAAGAGACAUUUGGAAAUAUCUCAAAUUUCCGAUGUAUACAAAAGUCGAUCGGUGGAGAAAUCGGAUAAAGUUGUGACGAAGAAUCCCGAUGAGGUGGAUGCUUAUGUUACAGAUGGGAACCCAAAUGAUGAAGUUUACUUUUUCUGGACUUGGGAGGCGAUCGUGAUUGUGAGCAUCCCUGUGUUGUGCAUUUCUUCCCUGCUCAUCAUCAGUUUCCUGACGAGGACUCGCCUGGGUGUCAGGCUCUACAGGUUCCUCACAUCCAAGCACGAGUUCGACCUCGAGAUCUCCCGCCGCAUCAGCCAUCACCUAGAGCAGCCACACGUCUUCCGUAGUGCUGAGGCAACGACCGACCAGGGGGAGCCCAGGAACGGUGGGGAAAACGGGGAGUGUGUGGCCGUGGAACUUAGGUAUAACUCAAGCAGUGAGAGUUUCGUGCCCUACUACGACAGUCUGGAAAGCAGGGAUAGUUUCGACAGUCAGUAUAGCAGUGAGGGAAGUAGGCCCGAUGAUUACGUCGGGAGCAACAGGAGUACGAGAAAGCAGAGGUGUGCAGGAAGGAAAAGCAGUACCAGCAGUGAAGCGAGUAAUGUCAUCUACCACAACACUAGUAGACGUGGCAGUCAGGAAAGCCAGAGAAGUUUGCCAAAGCUCUGGGGCGAUCGACGGAAAGGUAGCAACGACAGUCAGAUGAGUUUGGACAGUCAGCUCAGCGUACACAGACGAGGAAGCACAGAGAGUCAAAGAAGCAUAAUGAAGCUCUGGUACGCUAGACGACAGGGAAGCACCGACAGCCAGAUCAGCAACGACACUCAGUCUAUCGCAAGCAGACGAGGCAGUUCAGACAGUCAGAGAAGACAUAUAGGCACGGACAGACACAGCAGCAUGGACAGUAGUUACGGGAGCAUAGACAGCCAAGGGAGUAAAGAAGGCCUAGAUAAUGUCGGAACCGGAGCUCGGACGAAGAGGAGAGACAGUCCCAGACACCUUGAAGCCUCCUUGCAAGAAAUAGCCACAUAUUCUCAGGGAAGAGCGCGGAGCCUUGAUUUGGGUGAAGAGAGGAGGUCGCCAAGAACCCUGUCCCUUAUACACGAAGAGCCCCCAGUAUAAGACAAAUAACGAUAAUCUGUGUGUGAUUCCUAGUAUUUAGGAAUCAUAAUGAUAAUAAUAACAAUAAUCGUUAUCAUAAUGCCAUGAUAAAAAUGGUAAUACAGUCAAUAGUCUCCAAUACUGAAUAGUAUAGCACUCAGUAAUCAUCAUAAUAGAGAUAGUAUUAGAUGAUGAUAAUGAAGAUAGUCUCCUGUAGUAAAUCGUGAUAAUCGUGUAGAUAUGUGACCGGGUUUUCUAUAUUUUAUAUGCAAAAAAGAUAAAAUAGUAUUGAACGUUUAUUUAUAUAGUUUAUAAAGUCGUCUUACGCA